AUGUCGCUGGUGUGCAGUAUAUCGAAUGAAGUACCGGAACACCCAUGUAUUUCGCCAAAAUCGGGCGCUAUAUUUGAGCGUCGGCUGAUCGAAAAAUACAUCGUAGAAAAUGAGUGCGAUCCAAUCAACGGACAGCCGCUGACGGUCGAGGAACUGAUUGAUGUGAAAACUCCACCGAUUGUGCGUCCGAAGCCACCGAGUGCUACCAGUAUACCAGCGACACUGAAAACAAUGCAAGAUGAGUGGGACGCUUUGAUGCUACAUUCUUUCACGCAGCGCCAACAGCUUCAAACAGCCCGUCAGGAAUUGUCACACGCACUUUACCAGCAUGACGCAGCCUGUCGUGUAAUUGCACGGCUCAACAAAGAGGUGGCUGCAGCACGAGAAGCAUUGGCCACACUGAAACCCCAAACGGGAAUUUCGGCUAUUCAAGCUGCACCACAACCAUCGAUUGCCUCGGAAGCGGGUGGUGUAGCCGCACAGCCUGUUGAGCAGGCGGGAAUGAGUGCGGAAGUAAUUCAAAAGUUGCAGGAUAAGGCAACUGUGUUGACGCAGGAGCGCAAGAAGAAGGGUCGAACCGUGCCGGAGGAAUUGGUCAGCCAGGAAAAGCUACGUGGUUUUCUCACGUUGGCAUCUCAUCCCGGCUUACAUUCGGCCAGUGUUCCCGGUAUUUUAGCGCUGGACAUCAAUCAUUCCGAUCAGAGCAAAAUCUUGACCGGUGGCAACGACAAGAACGCAACCGUGUUCAACAAAGACACCGAACAGAUCGUGGCCGUACUGAAGGGUCACACGAAGAAGGUAACGAAGGUGAUUUUCCAUCCCGAGGAAGACACGGUUAUUACGACGUCUCCCGAUGCCAGCAUACGUGUGUGGCACGUGCCUACAUCGCAAACGCAGCUACUGCUGCGAUGUCACGAUGGACCCGUCACCGGGCUUUCGCUGCAUCCGACCGGUGAUUAUGUACUGUCAACCUCGUCCGAUAAACAUUGGGCGUUUUCUGACAUACGUUCCGGGCGGUUGCUUACAAAGGUGGCGGAUACGGCCGAGUACGGUCUAACGUCCGCCCAGUUCCAUCCAGAUGGGCUUAUCUUCGGCACAGGUACGGAGGAUUCGCAAGUAAAAAUCUGGGAUUUGAAGGAGCAAAGUAAUGUGGCGAACUUUGCCGGUCAUACCGGCCCGAUCACUGCCAUUUCAUUUUCGGAGAAUGGUUAUUAUCUCGCCACCGCGGCCGAUGACGCUUGCGUGAAGCUAUGGGAUUUACGUAAGCUGAAAAACUUUAAAACCAUCCAACUGGACGAUGGUUACGAGGUAAAGGAUUUGUGCUUCGAUCAAAGUGGAACAUAUCUUUCCAUUGCCGGUACGGACAUACGUGUCUACCUUUGCAAACAGUGGCAAGAGCUGAAGGUGUUCAAUGAUCACACGGCACUGGCAACGGGUGUUCGAUUUGGCAAGCAUGCACAGUACAUAGCUUCUACGAGUAUGGAUCGAACACUAAAGCUGUAUGGUAUUGAGUGA